AAGAACACAAGCAAACUAUUCAUCAAUAAUUCAAUAUAUCUAAUAUAAAUAGAACAUGAUCAUCCCUUUAUGCAUGAAUCAAUCAUAUAGUUCCUUCCUCAACAUGUCACUGAAACAACGUCGAUCCGGCAAGCAAUCUGCAGAAGCAGAAGACAACAGUAUUAAUGAUGCUGAUCAUGCUGGUGCAGGUGGAUCAUCAUCGGAAGCAGCGCAUGGAAUCAUUAGCUCCUCCUCUUCAUCAUCUUCCUUAUCGAGACGUGCACUGUCUGGAGCACUGACAGGAACAGCCAGCUUAGCAAAACUGCUUCCAACCGGAACCCUCAUGGCAUUCCAGAUUCUGAUUCCGGUGUUCACAAACAAAGGAGUAUGUGACCAUGUUACACACAUCCUCACAUUUCUCCUCCUCCUCUUGCUAGCCUUCUCUUGCAUCCUCGCGUGUUUCACCGACACGGUAAAAUCCUCAGACGGAAGAAGAAUCUACCAUGGUAUAGCAACCUUCAAGGGACUGUGGCUAUUUGACUACUCGCCGGUUGAUGACGACAAAUCAUCAACCUUACCCGAUUUGACAAAGUAUAAGAUUAGCAUCAUGGAUUUUGUUCAUGCGUUUUUAUCUGUACUUGUGUUCUUUUCGGUUGCAUUGAGUGACAAGAAUGUGUUGACAUGUUAUUACCCUAAACCAGGAGAGGAGACAAAGGAGGUUCUGGAUAUUGUUCCUCUUGGAAUCGGAACUCUAUGCAGUUUGCUGUUUAUUGUUUUUCCAUCCACCAGACAUGGGAUUGGCUACCCUCUUACAUCUGCACCAAAAUAGUUUCUCAUUUUCUAAUUACUUUUUUUUCACCACCAAUAUUUGUUCCACUGGACCUUCUAAUCUGAUUCAAGGGUCAGUUUUGACAUUAAGUGGUUCUGGCGUCUGGUCAAUUCUAGUUACUUUAUUCAUUAGCAGAAUAUUGAUCUGUCAUGCACUGUUUUUAUAUUCCUGUUAUAUUUUGUUCAUUACUACUAGUAUUAUAUAAUGAUAUGUUAUCCAUUGAAUUGAGUUGAA